ACUAUGGCGGGAAGAUAUGAAAAUGUAGUAAUGUACGGCGUUUAGGGUCAUGUGACCUAGAAGAGCGUUUACUUCAAAAAAGAGAUUCAUUCCUUGAUGAAGAGCAAAGUGAUGGUUGUGACACAGAACGUUUUGAGUAUGGAUGCAAAUGAGCUCUUGGAGCCCUGUAGCAGCUCUAUAGACUGUACUCUUUCUCAGUGUGAACGUCUUAGUGCUCCGUACGAAAAUCUGUCCAGCCGCUUCCUGCUGUGGGGACGCCAGGAUGUCAGUAGGCAACAAUUCUGUAGUUUAUAUUCUUCAAGAUUGGAAAAAAUACGCUCAAAAUUAGAAGUCAAAGCUAAUCAUCUAUUUGAUGGUGUUCCUGUGAAGAGGCUCUUUGAAAUUGCUGAUAGUGAAGAGGAGUGCGUAAUUGUUGGCACCUUGUUCAAGAAACAAGAGUUGAAGCCAUCCAUACUGAAAGAAAUAUCAGAAGAGCAACAACUACUGCCUCAGCCUGUGCUAGCUAAGUAUGUGGGUGAAGAUGACUUGCUUAUUCUUGAGGAUGAGUUGCAGCGAAUUGAACUCGCUGGCCCAAAUCUUCAGGUUGGCAAUCUUGUUACAGGCGUGGUGUGUGCCAUAAAAGGACGAGUGGCCACGGCUGGCAAGUUUGAAGUAUCCGAGUUCUGCUUUGUGGGCCUCCCUGAUCCUUCACCAAAAGUGGACAUUGUUGAGGAGGACUGCUGUAUUUUGCUGGUGUCUGGCCUAGAGUUGGGCGGGUGUGCUAAGGAGCUUCUUAGUGUGCAGCUUCUCACUGACUACAUAACAGGCAACCUGGGGCAUCUUCAAGUCCAAAAAACAGCCGCCUCCAUUGUUAGGGUUGUCAUUGCAGGCAACUCGAUAGCUAACGAGAAAACUGAGAGGCAAAAAGUGGACAAGCUCGCACUGAUGCAGGAUCUGGAUGCCAUCCUCUACCAAAUUGCUAGUUGCUGUCCCGUUGAUAUCAUGCCUGGUGAGUAUGACCCCGCCAAUCACAUGCUCCCACAGCAGCCUCUCCAUCGCUGCCUCUUCCCUAAGGCUGGCUGUCAGAGUUGCUUACAAAGCGUGAGCAACCCUUACGAGUUCGCUGCAGGAGGACGUGUUGUUUUGUGUUCCUCAGGACAGACAAUAAACGACGUUCGUUCCUGCAGUGAUGUCGACGACCCUCUUGAUAUCCUGCAGAGUCUAUGCAGCUGGGGGCACUGGGCUCCAACUGCACCUGAUACCUUAGCGUGCUACCCCUUCAGCGCCAGCGACCCUCUAGCUCUUGAGCAUCGCCCUGAUGUUAUCAUUGCAGCCAACCAAGCUUCUUUCGGCUGCAGGACAGUUACAGUUGACGAGGCUCCUGUCGUGCUCGUGUCGGUUCCCCGUUUCAGCAAGAGUGCCACCGCCGUUGUUCUGAACCUGCGUACUCUGCGCUGUUCGCCCAUUUCUUUCCCUGUUGAUUUUUCGGACGAUCUUGAACAGUCACCCUCUCGCUGAUGCUUCUUAUUAUACCCUGCGAUUGUUACUUGGCUUUUAGGAGAAAUUAAAGAACAUUUGAGACCGCGUUGUCUUACUGACUCGAUUAACUUCAACACAUUAACAUUUGCUUUUUUUUCCUGAAUUUAUAAACAGAUCUCUAUAUAUUUAGACCGUCAGACUAUCUUGUGUUUUCUAGAAUUUUUUCAUCAAAAGCAAUUUUGAAACGUGACAGAGUUCAAUGGAAUAAGUGACGGUGUUUAGUUAGGAACACAAGACAAAUUUUAUUCAUCUUCACCUUCACACGUUCCCACCAAACGUUCGCCUCGUAUUGAUACAAAUGAUUUUGUUAAGAAAUAAGCUGUUUGUGUUUUUUAAGUGUGAAACAGUUUUCACUUUUUACAUUUCCAUGAGAUUCUUCUUCAAUUGAUUAAGUAUGGUUAUAAGGUAAUGGGACCAAUAAGUUCGUCUAUAAUAACCAUAAUAUCAUUCAACGCCGUCAUCUUUCUCAAGGAUUUGUGAAUAUAUCAAGGUCAUCUAUUGUAAUGGUUAGAAUUAAUAAGUUAAGUGGGCUAAUUCUGUAAUAAUAAUUUCAUUACAAUGUCCAAAAUCUGUUAGUUUCUCAUAGUUACAUAGUUUUCUCAUUUACUUUGAAUAUGAAUGUGAUCGUUGUAAAAUAAUUCCAUUGUUUAGGUGCUGUGCAGCCUGUGCUAAGUGUGCUUGUCAACAUUGCGUCCGACAUUGCGUCACGUCAAAGGUUAAACUAGGCGUAUGAGAUGACAUGUGAACUGAGCCAAGUAACUGAAAAUGGGCCCAUAUGAAUAAUGCUCUUCAAACCUUAAAUGUAUUCAAAAAAAGUUUUUUUUGUUACUUUCUUAACUUAGGAAGAUGGAACUGUGUGAACGUAUAAAAUAGGUCAUUUAUAAGGAUUUUGGCUUACUGAUGCCUGAUGCGGGCUCAUGCGGCUAUGGAUAUAGUGAUCUUUCAUUACACUGCAACAAAAUUUUUUUUCAUAACUCAAACCAAAAUACCUUUCUCUAAAGGAAUCGAGGUCGCUGAUUUUAAACAAAAGGUACUCUAGCACGUAUAGUUUUCAAGAUAUUCUAAAAAUAAUUUUGAUGAAAUUCCUGAAAAUGCAGCAUUUGAUUUG